GUAGAGGGAGCACGUUUAUUUUAGGGUUGGUGGUUGUUUGUUGUAGACUGCAUUCUGAACUCAGGAGGAAGGAUUCUUCGUGUUUAUUCAACAAAGUAACUGCCAGCUAGCGUGAACAACGACUGCCUAAAUUCACAUUUAGUCAAGAUUGGAAUGUAAAUACAUUUGGUAGGUUGCGCCCUUUCAAAUUGGUAACAUAAUAUCCGGGUACAUAAUAGUCUUCGUCUGGCUGAACCUUUGUGGAGCAAGGUGCUUCUAAAUAGCUAGCUAAUACUAGCUAACGUUAGGUUGCUACAGUAGCGAGUUAAAAGGAUUCAAAAUAACAACUGGUAGCCUGCCGGCUGGCCAGAAAGCCGGGGGAAUCACCGCAGCACCGCGGGGAGCCGAGGCCCGAAAGGGAGCCUUCCAGGACCGCGGCUUGAUGUACCCUGCCUGCCUCGCCCCAGCAGCCCACAAUGGGGGAGACCAAAGUCAUAUAUCACCUCGACGACCAGGAAACACCUUACCUGGUCAAAUUGGCAGUGCCCGCGGACAGGGUCACACUUGCAGACUUCAAAAAUGUUCUGAAGAAACCGAACUACAAGUUCUUCUUCAAAUCUAUGGAUGACGAUUUUGGGGUGGUGAAAGAAGAGAUAUCUGAUGACAAUGCCAAACUCCCUUGUUUUAAUGGUCGUGUGGUAUCUUGGCUGGUGUCAGGGGACGGUGCUCACUCAGACGGGGGCUCGGUGGUUGAGAGUUUGUUGGAGCUGCCGGCCCCCCCCCUGGAGAGGACAGGGGGCAUCGGGGACUCCAGACCACCAUCCUACCAGUUAGUUGUUGGGAAGGCCACAGGUGGACGAGACUCGUUGGACAACGAGACUGAGACGGGCUCAAUGGUGUCCCAGAGGAGAGAGCGGGAGCGACCGCGCCGGAAACCCACUCACCAGCCUGGUGGGAGGAACGGUUACUCGCGAGUGGGCCGAGGGGCUGAGCUGAGCCAAUAUGACAGCUGCUCGUCCUUCAUGAGCAGUGAGCUGGAGUCCACCAGCUGCUUCGACUCUGAGGAUGACGACGCCACCAGCCGCUUCAGCAGUUCCACAGAGCAGAGCUCCUCUCGCCUGAUGAGGCGACACCGCCGGCGCCGGCGGAAACCCAAAACGUCCAACAUGGAAAGGUCUUCAUCCUUCAGCAGCAUCACAGACUCCACCAUGUCUCUGAACAUCAUCACUGUCACACUGAACAUGGAGAAGUAUAACUUCCUGGGCAUCAGCAUAGUGGGGCAAAGCAAUGAGAGGGGAGACGGAGGCAUCUACAUCGGCUCCAUCAUGAAAGGAGGGGCUGUGGCUGCAGACGGACGCAUUGAGCCCGGAGACAUGCUGCUGCAGGUGAACGACAUCAACUUUGAGAAUAUGAACAACGACGAUGCGGUUCGAGUGCUGAGGGACAUCGUACACAAGCCAGGUCCCAUCACUCUGACUGUGGCUAAGUGCUGGGACCCCAACCCCCGGAGCUGCUUUGCUCUGCCUAGAAGUGAGCCGAUCCGGCCCAUUGACCCUGCUGCGUGGGUGUCCCACACUGCAGCGAUGACGGGGGUGUACCCUGCCUAUGGUAUGAGCCCCUCGAUGACCACGGUCACCUCCACCAGCUCCUCCAUCAGCAGCUCCAUCCCUGAGACUGAGCGCUUCGACGAUUUCCACUUGUCCAUCCACAGCGACAUGGCAACCGUUGCCAAAGCCAUGGCUUCCCCGGAGUCGGGCCUGGAGGUGCGAGACAGGAUGUGGCUAAAGAUCACCAUCGCCAAUGCCUUCAUUGGCUCAGAUGUCGUGGACUGGCUCUUCCAUCACGUGGAGGGCUUCUCGGACCGCAGGGAAGCCAGGAAGUACGCCAGUAACCUGCUCAAGGCCGGCUACAUCCGCCACACCGUCAACAAGAUCACCUUCUCCGAGCAGUGUUACUACAUCUUCGGAGACCUUUGUGGCAACAUGGCCCACUUGUCUCUGCAAGACCAUGACGGCUCCAGUGGAGGGGCGUCGGACCAGGACACCCUGCCCCCUCUGCCCCACCCUGGGGCGGCCCCCUGGCCCAUGGCCCUGCCCUACCAGUUCCCCAUCGCCCACCCCUACAACCCCCAGCCCCAACCCGACCUGCCCCAGGGCUUCCCGGGAGUAGGGGCGGGCAGCGCUGGCAGCCAGCACAGCGACGGCAGCAGCGGCUCCAACUGCAGUAAGACCGAGGGCAGAGGUGGCGCCGGGGGCUCCAACAAGUCGGGUGGUAGUGGCAGCGAGUCAGAGAUCAGGAGCCAUCGGGCCCCCAGUGAGCGCUCUGUGGCCCCUAGCGAGCGCAGCACCCGCAGUUCCUACAGCCAUCGAAGCGCCCAAUCACUGUCCUACGGCCCCGGCUUGGUCUAUGCCCCCCCAGGCCUACCCCCUCAGCCCCUCCACCUGGCCACAGCUGCCCCUGGAGCACCCCCAGGCCGAGAGCUGGCCAACGCUACCCCAGAGCUCACCGGCUCCCGCCAGUCCCUGCGCAUAGCCGUCGGCAACUCUGGCGAGUUCUUUGUUGAUGUCAUGUGACGCAGGUCAUGUCAUAGGCACACCACAAAAUGGUGGAUAGGAAUUGUUUUGUUUAGUGCUGAGAGGGACAGACAGAGGGACAGACAGGAGGAGGAGGUCUCUAGGAAAUCGUUGUUGGGGUCAAUUCCAUUUCCUUUUUGAAUUGGCGGAAUUAAAAUGUAAUUGAGCCCAACCCUGCUGGAAAUGUCCUCUUGCUCUUCUGCUCUACUUUCUUCAGUGAAGAAACCCCCCGUCAGUUUCCUCCCUGUGAGGCGAGUUGUGUUUGGGUCGUGACCGGGAGGGAGGCCGGGGAAACAGCUGAGGAUGACUCGGCGCUUUUCUACAUGGAUGUUUUUAAUUUGUUGUUUUCUGUCUUUCCUCUCCUUAUCUGCACGUCCUCUGUCCCCCCCCAACCCCAGUCCAUCAGAGACAAAGGUUAAAAAAAGCUUCCUCCCUCCCUACAUACUUUCUUUCACCUAAAAUGGUCCCUUAACAACCGAUUUAUGUUUGCAAAGUGAAAGAAAUAGAAAAUUAACACUAAUCUUAAAUUGACUUUUAUUUGUAUGACUUUGUUUGACUAUGAAAAUGUAGUGCAAGAGACUUGAUGCCCUUUCUGUUCUCUUGUGUUUAUCAUAGCUGGUUGCAGAUACAUGUAGUUUCUUUUUCAACGCUUAACAUGAGCUUCCAGUUUAGACUCAUUGUUAAAGUACAUUUCUGUUAACCAGAGGUAUAUUUGUGUCUCUGUCUUGCGAUAAUGUACAGUGGAGAGAAAAAAGGUUUUCUUACCAACUCACUACUCUUUUAUUGAGAAAUGUGUUUUUAUUUAUAAAUAUAGUUUUAUGACUUUAA